CUUGUAAUUGCACACAACUAAUAUUCUGGUCAAUAACCAUGCCAUGCAGCUUUCAGAUCAGCAGUUUCUCUGCGCUGCAGCUGCCAGAUGGCAAAAAUCCAAGAAUGGACUUUCUUGAUUCCUCGUUCUUCAAAGCCGAUGGAUCUGGCCGAAGUCUCCCCACACCUUCCGAGAUUCAAGCUUUAUCGGGUAAAGAUUGGGGAAGACCCCAACCGCCUCCGGUGCGAUUCGAGGAGCUCGGUCUCCUUGUCAAAUUCGGUCCGUAUGUCACAACUGCUGAAGCUCAAUGUCUUUGGGCCAUCAGGAGAGUACUCGGGGACAAAGUACCCGUUCCAGAGGUCUAUGGAUGGCGGAUCGACGGAGGCAGAGUGUUUAUCUACAUGCAGUUGGUGCGGGGCGAGACACUAGCAGACCGAUGGAAAACAUUGGGGACUACUGAUAGGAGUGCUGUUUGUGAUCAGCUACGUCGGAUGAUAGCGUCUUUGCGGCAAGUCCAGCAAGAUCCUGAGGAUCAGUUUAUUGGCUCGAUUGAUCGCGGCCAUCUCUUGGAUAAAGUGUUUGAGGGCGAACCCCCUGGUGGCCCAUUCACAUCAGUCAAACACUUCAACGACUGGUUUUCCCGACUGCCGUGGCUUCGUUUUCCGAAUCCAGAAAAGAUCCAAGAUCCCUGGAGAGAAUUCUUGCCAGACGUGGGGACAAUCAAACUCACACAUGGUGACCUGCAUCGAGGCAACGUUAUUGUCUCCUCGGAAGAUCCGCCUCGUGUGCUGGCAAUUGUUGACUGGGCUCAUUGCGGAUGGUAUCCGGACUACUGGGAGUAUUGCAAAGCUGCCUAUACCUGCGCAUACAAUGGCGAAUGGCGUAACAAGUGGAUUCCAAAAAUUUUGACCCCGCGACCAGAGGUGCACGAGAUUUUUGCAGAGUAUACAAGAGCGCUGGGAGCUGUUUGAUAUUCUUCUAGUUCAAUGGGAGAUAUCCUUCUGCUUGAAGGGAGGGAAGAAAGGGAAGGGAGGGGGAAAUAUGGGCCUUCAAUGCAGUACUAUGCUCUAUUCAUGCCUUUCCAAACAUUUUCGCUAGCCAGUUUCCAAUUGCUUUUGUGUGGUUCGAGUCUUCAAUACCCUUGGAUCCGCCUAGCAAAGCUUCCCAGUUGUCGAUUUCGUGUAUCUUUUUGUUCGCCAGCUCCUUGUGGAUCUCGGCUGCUUGCGUCUCUGCCAGAGGGCCGUCUGAAGGAAUGUGGAUGUCGCUUUCUAGAAUGACUCCGGAGCGGGACUUUAGAGAUAUUUGUGUCUAUGUUCAGUCAGCAUAUUUAUUGUUAUUUAUGUACCGCCUUCCUUCCCCUUUCUCGGGGCCCAGGAAUCGUGUAAUACGUACUUUAGAAGGAAUUGCACUAUCCAGGGUAGGUCGUUCUCGGGGAUCGUCAGGCGUUGGAUGGCUUGAGAG